AUGGAUGACGAGUGGGAAUUUCUAAGAAAGCCCGCAGACACACAGGAUAUAAAGAAAAAACCAAAGAAACUUGAUGUGAAUGUCAUAUUUGGAGGAACAGAGAAGAUCUACUCGCUAAUGGAGAACGAAACAUUUGAAACAAUAUAUGCAAGCUAUGAGAAUCGAUUUAAUAUGUCUCUAGUGCUAGAGCACAAUGGAAUGCCUCUAUCUAGAUACGCCAAAGCAAGUGUGCUUCCUGCUCAGGAGGGCAUGCCUGUCUUGAAGGUCGUUCUUCCAAAAGAGGCUGCAAAGCCAAAGGAGGUAAUAAAGUACUAUGUUCAGUACGGAAGGUAUGAGAAGAUAGAAAUAGAGCGAAAAGAAGAGGAGACUGUAAAAGACCUUUUGAUCAGUACAAAGGCCCUUCUUUCUUCUCUUCCAAACAUAGAGACAGCGCACUUUGAAUUUGAUGGAGAUGUACUUGAGGACUCACAACUUCUAGAUAAUGUACUCCAAGCAGACGAUUUGAUUGACUUAGUCAGAGACUAG